AUGGGCACAGCUUCUGCUACUGCCGCAGAUUCGGCUAAGCGCGUCCGCUUGCCUGAUUAUGCCGGUGACUCUCCCAGCACGUCUGGACCUCGACUCGGAAGGCUCGGAUUGCCCGCGCGUCACACUCUAGAUAACAGCCCCAGCCACGACAAGGGUUUGCAAGAGUUCUCAGGCAUGGGCCUAUUUACUGCCGAUGAUGACCCUGACGCGUCUGGGGCCAGGUCGAGCCAGCCUCUCCCACGGAAGGAACUCAGCUCUAGGCAGAAUCCUGACGCCGACGCGCACAGGAGUCUACCAUCAUCCAGCCUUAUCCCAGAUUCUACCUUUCACACCAUCCCAAGUACAGACACUGCUGGCUUGUCAACGCGAAAUACAUUAUCAUCAUCCGAAGCACCGGCUGAACAGUACCACGAUCAUUUGCCUGAUACCCUCUCCAAAUAUGAGAGGAAGCUGAAGAAGUUUGUCGGCCAGUGGCAUGCAUCCCUCACCAAUGACGAAGAAGACGACUCGGAGACAGAUAGCCAACGUGAUGCAAGCCGUAUGAAGAAGCCACUCGUCUCUCCCACACCAGGUUUGCUCUCGAGGAGAGGCACCCAGCUCGUCCAGGCAUCCACCCAAGUGUCGAACAAUCAUCAAGACAAUAAAGAAGAUGGUGGUAUCCCUUCGCGGUCAUCUGCCAAUCGAGCUCUCACACAGACCCCUCGGACGGGCGGCGACGAACCCAUCGUGGUGCGGCUGGGCGCCGGUGGGCGAACACAGAAGCAGGGACUCAGCGGGGAUAAAAAGCCAGCCACCCUGGUGGAGGCCUUGCGAGCCAAGAGUAGACAUAAGAAGCACGGAGAGGAGGGAGAUGACGCUUUUGAUAGCCUAGCUGUUGCCCGAAGGCUGCAGAGAAGAGACUUUGGCGGCAAGCUGUCAUCGCAUGACAUCUGCGUCAUAGGCAUGGCCGUCUUACAUGAGGUAUUCGGCGGUAAAGGCCAGAAACGACUCGCUGAUACACUGACGCAUCUCUAUGGCCACCAUCCGCGACAACACCUCGCCGACCUCAGCCGGAACGCAGGUCGGGUAGCAGAUGAGAUCCGCAAGAGUGGCCCAGAGAUGCUAUCCAGCUUCACCUUACGUUGGGCUCAGGCCGUUCAGCACGACAGCCCUAACAUGUCGACGGUUGACGACAUCAGACUUGCUGAUAUGAAGGUGUCACUUGUCCGUGAAUGGGAUUAUUGGUCGAGUCAGGCCGCUAUAGGGUCGGAAAGAGAGAUUGAGGAUUUCCUCGCCAAGAACGGACUGGGCGCCAACACAGGGGCACUCUCAAUAAGGAUAGCCAAGUAUCUCAGUAGACAGCUCGGUCUUCCCGACGGCAUCUUGGCCAAGAAGAUCUAUGCCUGGCGACCACUGACAGUUAUGGCAGACGUCUUUGGCGAUGGCAUUUAUGUCUUUGUCUCAAGGAGCCUCUUUACAUGCUAUAAUAAGCUUCAUCCAACCCAUGGCAUCAAGAAAGAGGACAAGUUCCGCGCUAUGGCGCUCGCCGUGGCAGACGAGCUCCCUGACCUCCUUGAGAUCUUAUAA